UCGCGCAUGCGCCGGAGCGCGGCCUGCCCGGAGGCGGAAGCGGAAGCGCGGGUCUCCCGGGAGCGAUGGCAGCCGGGGGUCCCAGCCGCUCGGAGCGCAAGGCGGCGGAGCGGGUCCGGAGGCUGAGGGAGGAGCAGCAGCGGGAGCGCCUCCGCCAGGUGUCGCGCAUCCUGAGGAAGGCGGCGGCCGAGCGCAGCGCCGAGGAGGGCCGGCUCCUGGCCGAGAGCGAGGACCUGGUGACCGAGCUGCAGGGUCGGAGCAGGCGGCGCGAGGGCCUGAAGCGGCGGCAGCAGGAGGUGUGCGACGACCCGGAGGAGCUGCGGAGGAAAGUCCGGGAGCUGGCCGGCGCCGUGCGGAGCGCCAAGUACCUGGUGGUCUACACCGGCGCGGGCAUCAGCACGGCAGCCUCUAUCCCAGAUUACCGGGGCCCUAAUGGAGUAUGGACUCUGCUUCAGAAAGGGAGAAGUGUUAGGGCCGCUGACCUGAGUGAGGCCGAGCCGACCCUCACCCACAUGAGCAUCGCCCGCUUACAUGAGCAAAAGCUGGUGCAGCACGUGGUGUCUCAGAACUGUGACGGGCUCCACCUGCGGAGCGGGCUGCCCCGCACGGCCAUCUCGGAGCUCCACGGGAACAUGUACAUCGAAGUGUGCACGGCCUGCACCCCCAACAGAGAGUAUGUGAGAGUGUUCGAUGUGACCGAGCGCACCGCCCUGCACCGGCACCAGACGGGCCGGGCCUGCCACAAGUGCGGGGCCCAGCUCCGGGACACCAUCGUGCACUUUGGGGAGAGGGGGACCCUGGGGCAGCCUCUGAACUGGGAGGCAGCCACUCAGGCAGCCAGCAAAGCAGAUACAAUCCUAUGUUUAGGCUCCAGCUUAAAGGUCUUGAAGAAGUAUCCUCGUCUGUGGUGUAUGACCAAGCCCCCCAGCCGGCGGCCCAAGCUCUACAUUGUGAACUUGCAGUGGACCCCGAAGGAUGACUGGGCUGCCCUGAAGCUUCACGGAAAGUGUGACGACGUCAUGCAGCUCCUCAUGGAUGAGCUGGGCCUGGAGAUCCCCCCUUAUAGCAGGUGGCAGGACCCCAUCUUCUCCCUGGCGACUCCCCUGCGUGCGGGUGAGGAAGGUAGCCACACUCGGAAGUCGCUGUGCAGAAGCCGAGAGGAGCCUCCGCCUGGAGACCGGGGUGCACCGCUCAGCUCAGCCCCGGUCCUAGGCGGCUGGUUUGGCAGGGGCUGCACUAAACGCACAAAAAGGAAGAAAGUGACGUAACCCGGUGCUGGACGAGAACAAAUGGCACUUUGCAGAUAUGGGAACUCGCAGUCAGGGGCGAGGCCGGGACUGCCCCCCGGGUCCCGCGCGCCCCCUCCCUUGCACUGCUGCGGCCACCUCGGGCGUGGGCCACCGUCGGUCAGAGGACUCCUCGCUGUCGGGCCGCGUCCUAGAGGGGGGGCGGCCACGCCUCUCUGCGGGAUCGGAACUCGGGUUGCUUCACAGCCGGCCGGUCAGGAGGAAGCACGCGACUGCCUUACCUCGUGCACCGGGCUCGUCUCAGGGGCCUCAACCCUAUUUCUACUGCUUCUUACUAAACCGUGGUAACUUCAUAGCGACCUUUUUCUGAGCGGGGUUUGCGGCAGAGGGCUGGCUCUGAGCCUGGGCUCGGCGCGCCUUUUUAUUGUUAUUAAACAUCUCUGCACUGUC